UCUCUAUCAGCAUCUCAUUCCUGUCUCAAUAUGUCUCAAGAUGGCGGCCAAUGCAGGAUCGAUGUUUCAAUAUUGGAAGCGCUUUGACUUACAACAACUACAGAAAGAACUAGACGCCACCGCCACACAGCUUGCCAACAGACAGGACGAGAGCGAACAGUCCAGGAAGAAACUGAUCGAUCUGAGCCGCGAGUUCAAGAAGACCACUCCAGAGGAUUUACGGAAACAGGUCGCCCCUUUGCUUAAGAGCUUCCAAGGAGAGAUCGAUGCCUUGAGUAAAAGAAGUAAAGAAGCAGAGGCCGCCUUCUUGAAUGUGUACAAGAAAUUAAUCGAUGUCCCAGACCCUGUACCUGUGUUGGAGCUGGCUCAGCAGCUGCAGCUGAAGCUCCAGAGGAUGCACGACAUUGAGACAGAGAACACCAAACUUCGAGAGACUCUGGAGGACUACAACAAAGAGUUUGCGGAUGUUAAAAACCAAGAGGUGACCAUUAAAGCCUUGAAGGAGAAGAUCCGCGAGUAUGAGCAGUCUCUGAAGAAUCAAGCAGAGAGCCUGGCUCAAGAGAAGCAGCUCCAGCUACACAACGACUAUGCAGAGAAGGAGAGGAAACUCCAGGAGAGCCAGGACUCCAUGUCCUCAAGGUUGGAAGAGGCUGAACACAAGGUCCAGUCCCUACAGACAGCACUUGAAACAACUCAGGCUGAGCUUUUUGAUUUGAAGACAAAGUAUGACGAGGAAUCUACAGCAAAGGCUGAUGAGAUUGAGAUGGUGAUGACAGACCUCGAAAGAGCCAAUCAGCGAGUAGAGGCCACUCAGAGAGAGGCGGAGGCACUAAAAGAGCAGUUGUCCUUGAGUAACCAAUCUCAGCCGCUCAGCAGCCCGGCCAAGGCCGACCCUGACACGGAGCAGGCAGCAGAGGUGGCAUCCUACUCAAAUCUAGAGGCAGAGCUCAGGGCCAAAGAAAGGGAGACCGCCCAGCUGGUGGAGGAUGUCCAGAGACUGCAGGCCAGCCUGACCAAACUCCGAGAGACCACCAGCUCCCAGAUCACACAGCUGGAGCAGCAGCUCAGCAGCAAGUCUGCAUUUCUCAAGGAACUGGAGGAGAAACUAGAGAAGCAAGCUGAUUAUGAGGAGGUGAAAAAGGAGUUGAGUAUCCUCAAGUCUAUGGAGUUUGGAACGUCUGACUCUGUUCAGGAUUCUUCCAAACCUCUGGAGGUGCUGUUGCUGGAGAGGAACCGUACUCUUCAGUCAGAGAGUGCUGCUCUGCGUAUCGCCAACACUGAGCUGAGUGGCCGUUACUCUGAGCUUCAGCUGGAGUUUUCAGCUGCAGUGCGUACGAGCGCAGAGCAGAAGGAGCUGAUCUUGAAGCUGGAGCACGACCUGAGCACCAUCCAGGCCAUGUCCUCUCUGCAACGCCCUGAUGCAGAUGGGUCUGAGGUCAGCAAUAUGAGGAACAUCCCAGAGCCCAUCAAAGAGGCCACUGCCAUGUUUACCGGUUCAGGCAUGAGCCCCCAACCAGAGCUUCCUCAGGGACAGAUGGACUCCCUGCUCUCCAUCAUCUCCAGCCAAAGGGAGAGGUUCCGCUCCCGCAACCAGGAGCUGGAAGCUGAGAACCGCUCCAUGCAGCAGACCAUGCAGGCCCUGCAGAAUGAGCUGGACAGCUUGAGGGCAGACAACAUCAAGCUCUAUGAGAAAAUCAAAUUCCUGCAGAGCUACCCAGGCAGAGCUGGUGGUAGCGACGACACAGUGAUGCGAUACUCCUCCCAGUAUGAGGAGAGACUGGAUCCCUUUUCUUCCUUCAGCAAGAGGGAGCGUCAGCGCAGGUACUUGAGCCUCAGUCCCUGGGAUAAAGCAACUCUUGGCCUGGGACGUGUGAUUCUCUCCAACAAGAUGGCCAGAACUAUUGCCUUCUUCUACACCCUGUUUCUGCAUUGUUUGGUCUUCUUGGUGCUGUACAAGACUGCUUGGAGUGAGAGUAUUGGUAGAGACUGCUCUGCUUUCUGUGCUAAAAAGUACGCUGACCACCUCCACCGUUUCCAUGAGACCGACCAAAACCUUUAGAGUAAUGUGGACGCAAGCAUGCGUGUCCUGCGGAGGAGUUCAUGCUGUUUCUCCUUCCACUUUUCUUGCUUUAGCUAACUUCUCCACUAGUGGGCAGUUUAGGGCUGUUGACUGAAUCGAGUCCUGACCAGGUUUCCUGUUUGUUUCUUGAUCUUUAUUAAUAAGAUGUAGUGAAUAUUAAAGACUAAGAGCUCAAUAGCUCGAUGCACCUUGUGGUCUUAGAAGAAUGCAAUGAUUAAUGAUAUUCAUAAAGUGUGCUGGUUUAGAGUUGAUUUAGUGAAAAUGAAUGGUUAAAUGGUUAAAAUAAAGGGACAAUAAUACUUGUCUUGAUAUAAUUUAAGUUACAAGUUAACUGGAAUUUAGAAUAAUUGGGUAUUAAAUCAAUAAUAAGAUGGUGUACUAAAGGUAGGAGUGGAUGGUGCCCUGUGAAAAACAUUUAUUUAGCGUGUUAUGGGGUGAAUAGAGUGAUAUGGUUUUCUCUCAUUUUUGAAAUUUGUCUAUCAUGGGUUGACUUAUGGGGAUUGGUAAGUGAUUAACAGAAGCAGAAUUGAAUUAUUAUCGUCGUUGGCUCUGGGAUCAUCUUGUUACUGUAUCUUACUAACAUGACACUGCAGUAAUGCCCUAAUGGUUACUGAAUCUGUACCUAAUAUUCACCAUUCUGUUCAUGUUUGCUCCAUGCUGACUCCUUUCUUCUUUGACUUUGUAGAUUUAUUCUAAAUAAAAGCUAUGCAAUAAUU